AUGAAAGCGGCCAUGUCUUCACUUCUUUGGCUCGCGGCCCUCAGCACAGCUCAAAGCACUGCCUCGACCUCACGCUUCAUUCUUACCAUCAGCGGCACGCAAAGCUUGAGCGGCGGCGAGAGAGUUCCGCUUCCAACAGUUCCGCCAAACUUUCAGACUUCCGCAUUCCUGACAUUGUCCACAUCCGCGCAAUCUGGACAUACCACUCUUUCAUCCAACGCCACAGGCUCCACGACUUCAAGUGGGAAGCCUCUAACGAACAUUGGAGGCGGGAAUGGGACCCGCUCUGCAACUGCAACUGUGUCAGGAACAUCUCCAGCUCAACCUUCGAAUACCCAGCCGUGCAACAACUACCCCGAAUUUUGCAAUCGAAAAUACUCCAACAUCACCGAGGUCUGCGCUCACAACUCACCGUACACUCGUGCGAACAACAUAGCGCGGAACCAGGAAUAUGGGGUAACACAACAGCUCAAUGAUGGGAUACGCAUGCUGCAAGGGUCCGCACACUACGUUAAUGGUACACUAUACUACUGCCAUUCUUCUUGCGACCUGCUAAAUGCUGGUACUGUGGAAGACUAUCUCGUAGAAGUGACAGCAUGGGUUGAAGCGCAUCCUUUUGAUGUGAUCACCAUACUGUUCGGCAAUUCCAACUGGGCCGACACAGAUGCAGACGGCAAACCUCUGGUCACCUCUGUCGACUUCGUCGAACCAAUCGAGAAGUCUGGAUUAAAACAGUACAUUUACCAGCCCCCCAAGACCGCAAUGACUCUGGAAGACUGGCCCACGCUGAGCGAAAUGAUCUUGAACAACGACCGCGUCGUAACCUUUAUCGAUUACAACUUCGACACAGACAAUGUACCCUAUCUACUCUGGGAAUUCUUCAACAUCUGGGAAACACCCUUCUCGCCCACGAGCGACGAGUUCCCCUGCACCUUGGGACGGCCCGAGGGUCUCACAGAAGACCACAUGCGCAACAUGAUGUACAUGGCAAACCACAAUCUUAAUGCCGAAAUCAGCAUCGCAGGCUUGAACCUCCUCGUCCCCAACGUUGCUGAAAUCAACCACACCAAUGGACUCACCGGCGACGGCAGUCUGGGACUCAUGACCAAUACUUGCACAGCUAUGUGGAAUCGCCCUCCAAAUUUUCUCCUCGUGGACUUCUACAACCAAGGCUCCGUCAACGGCUCCGUCUUUGAAGUCGCGGCUCGUGCCAACAACGUUACUUAUAACCGCAAGUGCUGCGGUAAUGCGACGUCAACGGGAUUCAGGCCGCUUCGGCCCUCCACAACACAUGUUUUGUUUGUGGCAUUGAUAGGAGUUGUACUGGCGCUCUAG